CAGGUUACAGCCAUUGAAAUUGAAAGUAUCAAGCUGACGUUUUAGCUGACACCAAAAUGCAGAAGAUUCCACCCAUUUGCGCCAUGUUUCUCACCAAGUUCGAUGUCCACACAGGUUACGAGCUGAAAUGGUUCAAAUCAUUAGACAACGAGUUAUACCCAAGUAAAGAUCUCGAAUUCAAAUCAAUUCCUUCCGGAUUGCAUUCCGUAAAUACUGAUACGAUUUGCUUUGUCCAGACAAAGGGUGACUUGGAAACAUUUCUUUAUGGAAUAUCGAUCUUUAAGCAAAACAGCCACCUGCAACAACUCACCGACGAUGGGGUGGUCGACAGAAGUAAGGUCAAGCUUUACUCAUUGGGUAUUUUGAUUGACCCCACUCAUUUGGAUUCCAUAGAGGAAUAUAAGAACUGGAAACCCAAAGUUUACUCCGUAACAUGGAACUAUAGAUCGGAAUUGUCACAGCUUUUAAGCAAUUUUAUGAAUUUGACAAAUGAUCAACAAGAAGAGGAAUUUUUUGAUAAGUUCAGCAAGUUUUUCACUGAUAGUUGCUUUAAAAACAAAUCGCCGUCCUUGUCGAUUAGUAGCACUGCAAAAGAAAGUGGUAAAUUGUCUCCUACUUUAAAUGCGUCUUCCAAAGUCCCGUCGGCAACCACUUCCUUAUUGGACGAGGAUUUUAAAUCAGAUCAUAUGAUUGAUUCUUUGAUUCCAUUUGUCAACGAUUUCGGACCCUUGAUUUUCAAGAUCUGGAAAAUUUCUUUACUGAGAAAGGCAAUUAUAAUGUAUUCCCCAUAUACUGCGUCAGCUGUUUGUAUUGAAGGAAAUGAAGAGGUGAAGCAUAACAAUUACGGCAUUGGAGAUAUGUCUAAGAUUCUUUAUUGUAUUUGUUUGAUAUCGGCAAUACCAAAAGAAAUUGAAGAUAAACUCAAGAAAUCAGUUAGCCGAAAUAUCUCUAGCCUUCUUUUCCAUCGUCCGAUUUACAAUGUCUGUGUCAACGAUAUCUACCAGCUUGUAAAAUUGGACUCAAACUAUCUCGCAUCCACUACAGAUCAGAUAAUUAUAGAGAAAGAUAACCUCUACGACUACACGAUAAAACUGCCCCUGAAUUCUUGCAACAAAGGAGUAUAUUUACCUGAAAUUACCAACUCUGUUACAAAUAAGGUUGAAUAUUCUACUCCAAAAGACUUCGAAAGAUUCAAGAUUCUAUAUUCCAACUUAAAUGGAACUGAUGAGCUUUCCCCCAUUGCGUCAAAAGUGAGCGAAAAAAGAUCAAUACAAGAGUUAAUCUGGAAUGGAUUAGCAUGGUGGGCAAGUGCAGGUGAAUCUUUUAAGUCAGUAAAUGAAGAGUACAACAUUGAAUUUGAGUAUUUUGAUAGUCUUUCCAAUGACAACAUUGGAAAAUUGAUAACGUUGGUUGGAUAUUUUCAAAAGCUAACAAUUAAACUUUUUACUGCCGUCAUCGAAUUGGUCGACAGAUUUGAUAAUGAGAGAACUUCGGGUAGUAAAUCGGUAAUGAUUUUGGAUGCAAACGAUAUACUUGAAAUGGGACUGGACCCGUAUAGUGCAUCUGAUUGCACUUUUGUUAUAGAGUUUAUAAGAGUUUGGUGGAAGCGGGAUGUCAAGAUUGGCAACUAUUUCAACGAUUUGUGCUACUGGGGAUAAAAAUCAGCUAUGUGUAACUUUAUAGUUGUUUACGGUCAAUAUCUAUAUAAUUAAGGAACGAUACCUUUUGCG